UGGUGCCGUGGUGCUGCCCGGUCAACAAACCUGCCUGGUCCAGGGAGAGGGAGCCCCCGGGGCUGGGACCCAUGGGGGACAUCCACUACCCCAGCCUCACUGCCUCAGUUUCCCUGCUGCAGAGCAGGCUGGCAGUGUCAGCAUAGGCCAGUCGCAGGGGGAGUUUAUCCAAAAAUGUGAGGGCAGGAUGGGCCUGAGCCAGAGCAAUGGUUGUGGGCACUGGAUGUGGCUCAGCCCCAGACACCCACUUGCUCUCCAUGCCAUGAGCCCAGACCCUCUCCGGAGCAGGGUCUGUGCCUGGGAAGCCACAAAAACCACUGAGGUCACCGGGCUGUGCCUCAACCCCAGGCUAAAACACCAGUCCAGCCAUCCUGCUCCUUGGGACAGGAUCCAUCCUGGCACUGCCAGACCCUGCAGCCAGUGGGCAACAAUCAAGAGUGGGGCACUGGGGUCACCCUCACGCCCUCCUCAGACACGGUACAGGGCACGGGGCAUCACCCGGUCCCUGCCGUGCUCUGGGCUGGGUCUCACACAAGGCUGCAUUCAUUCAGGGCUGGGUGAUUAGAGAGGGAAGGGGCCAACACUGACACCCAACACGGGUACAAGUUAUCCCUACUCUUGUGUAACCUGUUGCAUAAAGCGGGGGCGGGCAGGGGGUGCUGCCAGCGUCAGGGACUAUAAAGGUGGGUUGGGAAGUGGCAGAUCCACGCAGCCUCUCCUGCCCACGUCCAGCCCCCAGAGCAAGGAUGGCGGUGAUGCUGCCCAGCCUGGCGCUGGCCCUGCUCUGCCUGUUACGGGCAGGGGCUGAGGUCCCCGUGCAGCCGGGCUUCAACGCUGACAAGUUUGCAGGGACGUGGCAUGUUACAGCUGUCGUUGCCAACUGCUCCGUGUUCAUGAAGAUGAAGGAUCAGAUGAAGUCGUCCAUUGCCACCUUCAGCUUCACGCCGGAGGGAGACCUGCUUAUGAAGCUCGCCAUGCCCACGCUGGACAAAUGCCAGAAGUUUGAGCUGCUCUUCCAGCAAACAGGGCAGGCAGGGCACUAUGUGGAGGCACAAGAGAAGAAGGAUCUGCGAGUGGUGGAGACGGACUACAGCAGCUACGCCAUCGUGCGCGAGCUCCACCAUAGCGGGCAGGAGCUCAACGCCGCACUGCAGCUCCUCAUGCGGGAGCAGGACAUGAGCCCCCAGCUCCUGCAGAAGUUCAAAGAGCUCAUCCCCGUUGCGGGCCUGAACAAGGACAUGCUGGUCGUCCUGCCCAAGUCGGAUCAGUGCUCUGAGGCCAUCAGCUGAAAGGGCCGACGCCAGGGCUGUGUGCCCUCCAGACCUGGUGGAAAUGGGGCUCUGCUCCCCCCUCCAUGGUGCCCCUUCCCGUCCUCCCCUGCCAGGCCCUGCCAGACCUGCUGCCCCAUGCCAGGAUCACACCUCAUCUUCCUAAAUAAAUAGGUGCAGAAGCUGC